AUGAUUCUCUCACGGCGCGCAGUGCUCUCCCUCGGCGUCUCCUUCUUCGUCGUCUUCUUCUUCGCAGCCCGACAUCUUACACAGCCAUGGAGUAAAUUUCCCCAGGCCGUGGGCCUAGGUGACUUUGUCUACCCCGUUGGCAAAAACGGAACCAAGAACCUCAAUGGCACUGUGGGAUAUCAAACCCCGUAUGCCCCUCAGCCAAACUUUGUUCCCGGCAUCCCCAAGCCACCCGGUGCUGAAUAUUCAAAGAGGCUCGUGGUUCCGCGCACGAAGACGGAGGAUGUCAGUUGGAUUGAUACGGAGCUGCCCGAUUGGGACACUGCGAUCUACGUUGCCAAUGACCCUCAUGCGCCGCUCCACCCGCCGUCGAACAAAGGUCACGAAGUCAUGGUCUACCUGACCUACGUGAUCGAUUACUACGACGACCUGUCUGACAUCUCUGUCUUCAUACACUCCCACCAGAACGCAUGGCACAACGAUGAAAUUUUCGGCGGCGAUACGGCAGAGAUGCUUCGUCGUCUGAACUUAGAUCGAGUUGCUCGGGAGGGAUACAUGAAUCUACGCUGUGGUAUGGCCCCGGGCUGUCCGGCCUGGAUGCACCCCGGGGCUACGGUGGAAGAUGAAUCAAAACAAGAAGAGCUGAUGCUGGCCCGCGCUUGGGGAGAGCUCUUCCCCGAUGAUCAGGUUCCGUCAGUGCUCGCACAGCCGUGCUGUGCGCAGUUUGCUCUGUCACGCGAGCGAAUCCGGACGAUCCCUCGGGCCCGCUUCGUCUACUACCGCGAUUGGCUUCUGCAGACCGAUUUGAGUGACUACAUUGCAGGUCGCAUUUGGGAAUAUCUUUGGCAAUACGUUUUCACAGGUGAACCAGUUGUCUGUGUAGAGGAGAAUAUUUGUCUCUGUGAUGGUUAUGGUAUUUGUUUCGGUGGACCGGACGAAUUCCAAGCCUACAGGGAUGCAGCUGAUCAGCUGAAAUAUCUCCAGCAAGGUUUAUCGGACUGGUCAUUCUUGGCGGAUGAUUUGGCGUUCGCUGAGAAGAAUGGGGAACUGGAUGAGACGAUGGAAUUGAAUAUUCCGCCGCUUGGUAGCGAGGGCACAAUGAAGGAGGAAGUCGACAGAGUUGAGCAAAGAGUUGCUCAGCUCAUUCACGAUGCCCUUCGACGCGGCGAAGACCCCAAGCUCCGUGCUUUAGAAGCGCGCCGUCCCUGGAAGGAAGGCGAUGGCUUCUAG